AUGUCCCAUCUACAGUACUACGCCUACGAAGGCGUCGGCCAGACCAACCUCAAAAAGUUCAACUACAACCAAGCCGUCCGCGUAGGCGACAAGAUCGAAUGCGCAGGCCAAGGCGGAUGGGAUCCCCAAACGGGCGAAUUCUACCGCGAAAUCAACGCCCAGAUCGACAGGGCCUUUGAGAACGUGGACCUCAACCUGAAGGACGCGGGGGGCAAGGGGUGGGAGCAGGUGUACCGGGUCAACUCGUACCACGUGCCGAUCAACGACGAGGCGCUGGCGGCGAUGGUGAGGAAUUUCGGGAGGUGGAUGCCGAAUAACAAGCCGAUCUGGACGUGUGUGGGCGUGACGAGGCUGGGGGAGGAUGAUAUGAGGGUUGAGAUUGAGGUUGUUGCGCAUGAUCCGGAGGGGGCUGCGAAGGCGGGAUCUAAAUGA